AUGAUUUGGUCAAACAGUAAUUACCACAAGUAAUAGGAUUCAGAUUACGUUAAUCUUAAUAUGCUAGAUUGUGUGGGACCCCAAAAUUUGCCUUGAAUAAAGUGCUACUAGGUUUAGAAGCCAUAUUUGGUGGCAUGCACACCAUACAUUUAAAACACUUCACUUUCCCAAAGAAUCCCCACAGAACUGCAAUUCCCAACACACUUAAUGAACUUCUGGUCCCUGGACUUUUAAAAGGGAAAAAUUGUGGUUCUGCUAAGUAGUCUUUGUCCACCAUUACUGUUUCAGACUAACUGUUCUUGAUGAAAGCUUAUGCUCAGUUAGCUUUUCAAGUAGUAUAGCAGUUCCAAAACAAUUUUUCACAGCUCAGAAAAUUUUAGAUGGCUUCUGGAAACCCUGUUAUUGCUGUAUCUUGGACAUAAGAUAUCCUGGAUCUUGAAUUUUUCAAUCAUUGACCACCAGCUACAAAUUGGUAAGAGUCUGCCUAAUGUUUGCACAUUUAACUAUGGCAACAUAGUGUAGUAGAGCUAUAAUUCCCUGUGUAAGGAUCAGUAUCAGUAUAGAUUUUUGCUAGUGGUGACAUGAGAAAAAGAUGGAAAGCAGAGCAGAAAAGUAAAAGAAGGUUGAAAGUGAAGGGGAAGUAAAGCAAACACUGUUAGGAGGGAUGAAAGAAGAAGAUUCCCCCCCACAUGUGAAGUUACAACAGCUUCAGAUCAUUCAUCUGUGUCACAAGCUAGGAUGUGUCACUUAAUUGCAACUAAUUGCCCUGCCCCUGCUUUAGUUGUUGAAAGGGAUAAGGAACAUUUUGUUUUGUCUCCAGCAGACAACCACUUAGUUGUUCCAUGAGGAGAGGGGGUUGUAGUUUUUUUUAAUUAGUAUGUUUUGUGUUUUUAUCUUGUAAACCACCCUGUGAUCUCUGGAUGAAAGGCAGCAUAUAAAUUCAAUAAAUAAACAAAAUAAUAAUAAUAUUCUUCUUUGCUUCCUAAACUGAUGUGUUCUUCCAGUAAUAUGUAGUGCUGGAAUGUGGUGCUUUUUCUGUCCUUAAGAGCUUGGAUUGACAUGAUUUUUAUAUUCUAUAAUUACUGAGUAGGAUCUGAACUGUAAGAGUGACACUGUCCAGAAUAUUUAACUACUUUAUAACUAGCUUCACUUUACGUCACAGGAAUUAUUAUAAUAUUUGUUUAUGUAGCCUUCUUGCAUGAUCUAAGAAUUUUUAUGUAGAAGGAACUAAGUUGCAAUUCUAUACAUACAUACAACUGACUUUUUUCCAAAUAGACUGGUAUAGCAGCCAGUGCUCUGUAAAUUCCAUUGAAGUUUAUACCAUUAGGCCUUAUUAAUACUUGUAAGACAUCUUUGGAUAUUGUAAAUUUUAUAGAAUGUUGGAAUGGAUGUUACAGGUUCCUCAAAAUUAUGUACAAUAACCUGCAUCAUGAUGAAGGAAGUAAUGGUUCCCUCACACAACCAUAUUAAUAUUUUUGCUGCUCCAAAUUGCAACUGCUCUUUUUGUUAGUUAAAUGUUGGAGUGCCUGGAAAUGUUAUAAUUUUGAAUUACUCACUACACUGAGGAACUGGAUUGUGGGUACUCUCUAAAUACUUGACAUUAUAAAAGUAAUACAAGGUGGCUGAGAGAUUCUCAACCAUUGCUUCCCUUUUAUACUCUGUUUAUGGAAAUGAAGUUUCCUAUUUCUGUAGAAUUUUGCUGCCUUUUCACCCACCUAUAUACAGAAAUAAUAUUUCUUUGAUUUUGUCUCACCUAUGUCUGAGUAUAUGUGCUCCAUAACUUACAUCCUUUAUUGCUGGAUGACAUCAACUUUGUGAUUAUUGUGACUCUUCACCAUACACGUGAAGGAUCUGUUUGAGUUGAAAAAUACACUUCUACCCCAUUUUGUGAAGAAAAAGGUAGUAUCCAAAGAAUACAGAAUACAGCACCACCCGCAUCCCUACAGAAUAUGGCUACCCCGUAAAAGAAGUAUGUGAUUACUAGAUGUAUAUACAUGUAGCUUCCAACUGAAAUGUCAAUGUACCAACUUCUUUUGCUUUUCAUCUUUCAUCUAAAAAAAUAUUUUCUUUUCUGAGCUGUAGAUUCUGGAAAGAAUGGGGGGUGGCCUCAUAAAUGAGGCUGGUUGGAUAUUUAAAGGUUAUGAACCUCCCUUCUCAUAAUCUAUUAUUUCCAAACAGGUUAAUCUGGGGGAGUUAAGUUCUGCUCUAUAUAAUUUAUAAACAUGAGAGUGAGUAACCUUUGAUGACUAAAUUAAACCAUGAAAGAAUAAAAUGCUCAGCUUUCUCUCUACAAACUGGUAUUUCAUGUUUCACCAUAUUAAUAGUUAAUAUCUCUGGUCCGCAAGAAUGGAGAUGUUUCGGUAGAAAGUUCAUUUCUUGACAGAAGAUAUGAUGAGUAGCAUGAAGGUAAAAUGAUUAAUGUGGAAACACGAGAAAGAAUUUUUUUAAAAAGCUUUCCUCCUUAUUAAGGGUUUGCCUUCAUGUCUGAGAUGUAUAGCUUUUACUGUUUACUAUAUAUUCUAGUUUUAGGGUGCAUCCAGGUCAUCAUUUUUCCAGGAGCUGCUACUGAAAAUAGUUCAAGAAGACUGAAAGCAAAGAAUGAAGGGUGUUUCUCCUCCACUCAAAAAUCACAGCCUCCUGAGAUUGCUUUUCUUUAA